AUGAUGUUCCAUUCCCUGUGCACCCUCUUGGCAGUGAAGUCGAGUGCAUUUCCGGCAGUUGAACUCGCAACUAAGAGCUCAUUGAAGUUAAGCUUGCCGGCUGGGCAAAAGUUUGAUUUGGACCCCUUUUGGCUGCGGGAGCGUUGCCUCUCCCCAGCCUAUGUGGACGUGAACACUAAGCAGCCUUUAUGGAUGCCUCAUGAGAUGCCGAAGGACAUUUUCUUUCAGAAUGCCAGCAUCAUUGGCGGCGACACCCUGCAGGUGGGCUUCACUGAUGGCCACACCUCUCACUUUGACCUUGAGCACUUAUCAAAGGAACUCACAGACUUCAGGCACACAGUCAUUCAGCCUGCAGCCUAUGCACGUCCAGAGCCCAUCUUGUGGUCGGAAGGAAACGCGACUGAAGCUGGUCAGUGA